AUGGAUGUGCAGCAUUGGAAUGCUGCUAUUGACCACUUCUUAACAGAAAAGCAUCAAAAACGAUCCGCUGGAAACAAAGAAUGUCGGGAGAAGCAAGUAGUUAAGAAUCGUGGAGGGACGUGUAGCUACGGUAGUGCUUGUUUCAAGAAAAUUCAUCACAUAGCGGACUCUAGUGGUGCAGACACCAUUGAUUGGAUCGCAAUAUUUGAGAAUGUGUUGGGUACACGAAAGGGGUAUCUGAGAGGCAUUGGGCCUAAACCUUCUUCAGUUGCGGGUACAAGUGCUCCAUCCCAAUGA